AUGUUGGCCCGGAGAGUCUCACCAGGUGCGGCCAGAGCUCCAGUUGCGGUGACUAUAGAGCUGGAUCUGCACAAGAUGUCACACGACUUUCAGAAAGAUGUGCUGCUGCGAAGAGGGGAUGUAUUUGACUUGAUUGAUAGGACUGGCGACGCGACCAUACUCCCAGAGGCAUAUGCCUCUGAAGCAUUCGUGUUCAGUGACGGAAAAUGUGAUUCCUCUCAGAUUGUCAGUUACGGCGAUGUCUUUCGAGGAGUCGGUAGAAACUAUUCUUUCUGGAAAAAGAUCCGCGGCGCAUCCCGAUUAAGGCUCGGCAAGGGCAGCAGCGAACGCGAUAACGAGGCCGCUAUGGUACCGACCACCUAUAGGUUUACUAAGCCGCCAUCGGGAGAGGCAGUUUCAGAAUUCUGUUUCCUAGUUGUUGUCCCAGCAGCCUCUUCUCGGGGCAUCGCAGCCUCGCAAAUAGGUCUCGCGAACAACACACAUGACCAAGUUCUAGUGGAUAGCCACAAUGCGCAGUCAGGAGACAUUAAUAACGAGACGGCAUCGUUCAGUUAUGGGACACCCAGGAACGCAACUACAGAGCAGGAUGGCGAAACCAAGGGCAGGAGGCAUGCCUCAGGAACUGAAAAGGAAGCGCCACCAAGGAGGCUUCAUCCGGACUUUGGCGUUGACGAAGAUCCAGACGAAAAUGAGAGUGAGGACACGGUCUUUGCUAUUAUUAACGAUGAAGAACGGGAAUACUUGCUUCGUCGUCUCGGAGCUGUUGACACAGAGGACGCAGACAUCGUGGAUCGGUCCUACGUGGUGACAGUUGUCUUCCGUUUACCAGUACAAGAUGUGGGUGGGCCUCCCGAAUGA